AUGACUAUGAAAUCCUCUCCCCAGGGAUCAUCAGGUUCUACUUUAAAAUCUUGGGUGUGCUUGAAGAACCCACCAUCAUAUUUUUCCAGUAGAGGUUCAAUCCUAGAUGCCACUGCUGUUGCUGCUGGAGCCCGUAUUGGUAGCCCAGAGGCUGCUGCGUCCCUGCUUAAGGCUGCCCAGUCUAAAAAUGCUAUUCAUAUAAGCACUUCAGGUGGCUCUUCGGUUAAACCUGUCAUACCCAGUGGUCCCUCUUUUCAUUUGGAGGUGCAUUCUAAUGUGCAAUCUUCGACCUCGCAUCCUGUUUCAGCGAAAUCUGCAGCUCAAAGAGCUGAGCAUACUCCUCCCUCAUCAUUAAAUUUGUCGACUCAGCAGUGUAAUGGCAUCGCUGCUAGUCCAACUGUUGAAGGUCUCUCAAAGGAAGAGCCGGAAGCAGCUGUAGAUACCAUGAGUUCUGUGUCGAACAGUUUGCCUGUCGAGCACGUGCGAGAAAAUAGAGCACACAUUUUGGAAAAUGAACCAGGUGAGGGAGUUAAAGAACAAAAAGCAGCUGCAUCAAAUCUGGAAUCUGAGUCCAAGAAUCUUGAGGCAGUUGCUGAGCAUCCUAAUGAGAAAUCAGUUGAAGAUCAUCAAGUUAAUGCAGAAUCGAACCUGGUUGAAGAAUGCCUAAAUGCCAAUGAUAGUACCACUGAUUGUUCAUUGGCUGACAAAAGUGACUGUCAACCAGCCGCAGAAGAAAUCUGCAGGAAUCAGAGUAUGAUCAAUACUCCGGCAGAAGCAUCUCUAAACAAUGGAUGCACCAAGGACAUGGAGAUUUCGAGCCCAAAAGAAACUUCCGAAGGUCUGUACUGA